UUCCUCCACUUUGACGUUGAAUUGUUGAACUUCAAAUUUGUUUUUCUUUCCUCGUUACCCCUUAGAUUACUAACCAUAUCUUUGCUGUUCAAUAUCUUCCUUAUAGAUUAUGGCACUUAAUUCACUCUCACCACUUUCAAUUAAUUCUCUCCAUGUUUCCUCUAAUUACCGUUCAACUUCCAAAAUUUCAAACACGCUUCAUUUUCAUUCAAAGUCCUCUCCAAUUGUUUGCAAAAUUAACUUAAACAGUGAUCAUCCUCAAGAGACCAAGAAAUGGGGAAAACUGUUUUCAGCCACGUUGGCAGCUGCGGUUAUUGUUUUCAGCUCUGACCUUUCUGCCCUUGCCGAUCUUAACAAAUUUGAGGCUGAAAUUAGGGGUGAAUUUGGUAUUGGAUCUGCUGCUCAGUUUGGAUCAGCAGAUCUCAAGAAAGCAGUGCAUGUGAAUGAAAAUUUCAGAAGAGCUAAUUUCACAUCUGCUGAUAUGAGAGAAUCUGAUUUUAGUGGUUCUACUUUCAAUGGUGCAUACCUUGAGAAAGCUGUUGCAUACAAGGCAAAUUUUACAGGUGCUGAUUUGAGUGAUACAUUGAUGGAUCGCAUGGUUCUUAAUGAAGCGAAUCUGACAAAUGCCAUUCUUGUUAGAACAGUCCUUACUCGGAGUGACCUUGGAAGUGCCAUCAUUGAAGGUGCUGACUUUAGUGAUGCUGUGUUGGACCUUACCCAAAAGCAGGCUUUAUGCAAGUAUGCUAGUGGCACAAAUCCUGUAACAGGAGUAAGCACAAGAGUGAGUUUAGGUUGCGGGAACAAACGACGAAAUGCUUAUGGCACCCCAUCAUCUCCCCUGUUGAGUGCUCCACCGCAGAAACUGCUUGACCGAGAUGGUUUCUGCGAUGAAGCAACAGGCCUUUGCGAUUCAAAGUAGUUACCUGGAGGGAGUAAUCAUUGGUAUGAGAGACCAUAAUCUUGUAAAUAUAUAUCAGGUACAACAAUUGAGGCUCUCUGUGGUUUUUGGACCAUAACUGCAUUGAACAAAUGAAGCCUUUUCUUGAACAUAUGCUUAGUUUAUAUUCUCAAGCCUUUACAAUCCAUAUUACACAUA